ACCCUAAAAGGAAGUAAUCUUAUCCAAAACAUUGUUGGACCCGACAAGAUAUACGACGUCGUGAGGAAGUGAACCGAGGAAAAUAUCAUUUCUUGUGUGCACUGCAGACACAGGGAGAGACGUCGUAAUGGCUCAUUCUCUUUCCAUUGUUCAAAUCAUGGGUGCCUCUAAUCUUCACAGUGCUCUGAAUCCCUCAACUGUGUUACCCAAAAGCCUCUUUCAUGGUGUGGCCCUCAAAAGAUUAAUGUUUUCAAGUGAAACUUCAGUGUGUAACAGGCAAGGCAAGAACAGCACUGCCCAUAGCCAUACUCACGCGUCUUUGCUUGAGGCUCCAGUUCUGUGGGCUGGUAGACUCUGCAUCUUUUAUGCGCUCCUGAAGGCUGGUUUGGCUGGAUCUCAAGCCAACCCACUUGUCUCUGAUUUGGAAAUUGGCCACACCGAUGAAUCUGCUGCUGACUUGGGAUUCUCCAAAUGGACCCACGCCAUACUAGGAAAACCAGCAAAGGAAGGAGCUAAUGGAAGGAAGUCUGCUAGCAAAUGGCAUCCCACAACAAAGGGUACACUUAGAAGGAACUAUAGAGUUCCAUCCAAAUCUGAGGGGCGACGACUUCUUAAAGCUAUUGCAUCUCUAUUAUCAGAUGAUGAUCACUUUGUUGAUGCCACCUCUCACAAGGGUUGCCAAAUCCGCAGGGAAAGUGCUCAUGGAGAAAGUGUGUGUUGCAACAAUGUGAGAGCUCUUUUCGAUGAGCUCCCAACUCCCCAUCUCAUUGUUGAAAUCACACCUUUUCCUGCUGGACCGCUUAAUGACAAGGAUUACAUUAAAGCUGAGAAACUUGAGAGGGUUCUUAGAUCUAGUCCUUCUGUUUGAGCCUUCUUUGGUGUUUCAUGCUUUCAUGUACAUAUUCUUUGCUACUAACUUGUAAAUAUUUGCAUGAUAAACAAAAAUUUCUAUCCUUUCAACUCUUCAACAUUUUACCUUUGAGUUGAAUCAUAGUUUCAUCUCUCAAAGACAAUAGCCUCUUUCCUUAACUAAGCUUGGUGUCUAAAUUGAAGCUGUUUCUUAAGUAUUUUCGUCAAUGGUGAAUAGUUGACUCUGCAUACAUGUCUUCAGUCUUCUUUGUCAGGACUUAGCGUUUCCUUUUAUUCCUCUUGUAAUAAAAAAAAUAUCAGUUAGAUUUGGUUGAGAAUUGAUAUGAAAAAAAAGGGAAAUGUUAAUAUAAAAAUUUAAAAAUUCUAUCUCAUGUAAUAUCACAUCAUUAUAUUUGGAAGGAACAUGUUUUCUCUCUUUACUUACAUGAAGAGUGUAACUCACUCUACAAAGAGAGGAAUAGAAACUUAUUAGUUCUUCACAUUUUGGUAUGUAUGAUAGUCUGUUUUUAAUAUGGAAUAAUAGAUUUCAAUAAUCAAUUAUUUGAAAUUCUAGUAGUUACAUAUGAUAUUGAAAGGGGGUUUGGAAAUUUGAUUUAAUUUGUUAGCAAUUAGGAUACCUUUUAAAUUUCUAAAAUUUGUUAAUUUUUUAUAAAAAAAAAAUAUGCAAUGCACUUUAAUUUUUUAUUUUAAAAAUGAUUUUAAUUUAAUAAUAUUUUUUGUAUAAUACACGAAAGACUCACUGGUUUGUGAAGAGUAAGAUUUG